UAGCAUGUUUGACUAGAUCUCUCAAGGGAUUGGUUCGGUUAAUUCAUUCACUAGUUUGACAACAUUCAGAUCCCUCUUAAGUAGGGACGUAUGAAGUAGAGAAGUCCUUAUACCUGUAACUCUGAUAGGUAUAAUUAAUUUUCAAUCAAGAAGACAGCCAUGAGGAAAUACGACUAUGAAGAAGAAGAAUAUUUCACAAAAAUAUUUAUAUGCUACCGAUAUUUCCGAACGACGACUGCUGAGAAUAACUGACGAAACAGCGUUGGUCCCUGAAAGUAAACUUCACAAAAUAGGUACAUACAUACAGGAAUUACCGUUUUACAAUGUCCGCAACAACAGAGCUGAAGUAAUGAUCGCUCCGGAGCUGGACGAGGUAUUUUCGAAUGCUGUCAACCUUUUUAAUCUGGAGAAAACCAUCCUGGUUGACGAUUAUUCCAAAAUAAUGGCUGAAGAAAAAAGUGCAAACCGUCAGGACUCAAAGUUUUCCUGGACAGCAUAUUAUGAUGUUGAUGGCAUAUAUGACUACUUAAAAAAUAUGAGUACAGUUUACUCAAAUUGGACCGAGCUGGUGGUAGGAGGACAGAGCUACGAGGGUCGUCAGCUUUUGGGCCUGAAGAUCAACACUCCCACUGAAACAGACAAAAUUAAAAGUAUCAUAUUCAUUGAGUCAGGUAUCCACGCUCGGGAGUGGAUCACACCGGCCACAACGACCUACUUCAUCAACCAGCUGCUCACCAGCUCAGACCCGGCCAUCACAACGCUCAGAGACAGGUUUGAGUGGCAGAUCUUCCCCACUGUCAACCCUGAUGGCUACCACUAUACUCAUACUAGGGACCGAAUGUGGAGGAAAACGCGAUCAAAGUCGUCACUUUUCUGCCACGGGGCUGAUCCUAAUCGCAACUGGGAUUACAACUGGGGACAAUACGGCAUAUCAACAAAUCCUUGCAACUAUCAAACGUAUGCGGGCUCGCAACCAUUCUCUGAGAUCGAAACCCGCACUUUUUCGGAAUAUAUUUCUAAUCUGGACAACAUACUAGCCUAUAUUGCGUUUCAUUCUGACGCACAGAUGUUACUUGUGCCAUACUCUGAUUCUGUUGAGCACACGGGGAAUUACGAUGAUUUGAUAAAAAUAGGCAAUACCUCCUUGGAAUACGGUGAGAAGGUUAACGGAGAGAAGUACGACGGUCCAGCGACCGCUGCUGAAAUUUUGUAUAAAGCGUCAGGUGGUAGUAUGGAUUGGGUUCGCAACCAGCUGGCGACCCCCAUAGUUUAUACGUAUGAGCUCCGAGGCACCUACUUCCAUUGGCCACCGUCCAGGAUCUUCGAGCAAGGAGACGAGGUCACACAGAUGAUGGUGGGACUCUUCACUGAAGCUUGCAAUUUGGGAUAUUGCUAAUUUAUGUUUAACGUAUCAUUUGUAAUCUCUGCGGUUGUUUUUUUUUUUUCAUAUUUCUUUCGCGAGUAAUUUCCUGGGAGUAAUUUCUAUAAAAAUAAGAAGUAGGUAGCUUUGUUUCUUAUUUGUAAGUUUUAUAUUUAUACAGUUUAUUGUGUAUAAAUCAAUGAAUAAAUACGGUUAGGCCCUGUAUCACCACUUUCUGAUAAAUAUCAUAUUUUAAUCUGAGAGAUAAACUUUAAUUUACUGGUAGAAAAUGACAUAAUUACGCCACCUUUAUAUUAAUUAAUACCAUAUUUCAUUUUUGUAAUUAUGCAAUGAAGUUUUGAAAUAAAUAAAUAAACUAACUGCUAGUUAAACUACCUGUAGUUAUUUAUCAGUUAGCCUCAUAUGCACUUGUAAAACACAAUGUUUAAUAUUUACAUAUAUGCUACCUAUAUAUUUUUUAUCAGCAAGCGUUGAAACAGGCCAAUUUGCAAAUUGAUGUGUUUGGAGAAUAUGACGCUGUGGAAUUUGUUGUGCUGCUUCUUCUCCAUUUGCACUUUGGAUGCGGUGAUAGGCUUAGUUUAAUAAAUUAAUAGGUAAUAGGUAAAACUUUUAGAAGAACUAAGAUCCUAAGAAUAUUGCCUGGUAAAAAUAAAUUAAUAAAAAAAUAUAUAGGUAUCUUGAUUGUAAAUGAAAGUAUUUAGGUUGAACCCCUAUAUAUCUGAAGAAUAUAACUCUAAUUUGUUUCUUCAAACUUUCUGCAAACACUCUCAACAAUAUUAAUUUUCAUUACACACACACAAAUUACAUAACUUUACAAUUAAAUUUUGAAGAGAGCUUAACUUUAUAAAUUUGAAAUUUUCUCAAUUUUCUACUAAGUCUUAUGUAGUACAAAACAAAGAAUUAUCGUGUAUAAUUUCUUUUAUGUAAGUGUGUAACAGUAGUAACUAAUAAUAUUAGUAAUAAUAAUAUUUCAAAUGCCA